AUGGCUCUGCUGUACACCACAACGCUGUUGAUCCUCACAGUUGUGUGUUCCAUGUACACACACACUACACUGGAGCUGUCUGGUGUGGUGAAGUGCAGUACUGGACGCUCAGCACUUGCUUACAUCAUGUAUGGGUGUUACUGUGGAGUAGGAGGGGAGGGAUGGCCCCGAGACCCCGCCGACUGGUGCUGUCACAAGCAUGACUGCUGUUACGCGAAGGCUGAGGAUCAGGGCUGUCACACAAAGGUGCACGUGUAUCCAUGGAGCUGUGACAGUCAACCACUGAACUGCGGCUCUCUGACAGACAGAUGUGAGAAGAUGUUGUGUUUAUGUGACCGAGAAGCAGCACGGUGUCUGAAAAAAGCGCCAUAUAACCUCAAAUACUUCAUGUGGCCCGACUUCCUGUGUGGACCUGAACUGCCAACAUGUGCUUACUACUGA